AUGGCGCCGUUUCUCGCCGCCCUCCUCCUUUCCCUCUCCGCCGCCCGCCGCUGCUCCGCCACCGCCGCCGCCGCGGCCUCGCCGUCCACGCCGUCGUCCCCGCCCCCGCCGCCCGCGCCGCUGGUCCCUGCGCUCUUCGUCAUCGGCGACUCCACGGCGGACGUCGGCACCAACAACUACCUCGGCACGCUCGCCCGCGCCGACCGCGAGCCCUACGGCCGGGACUUCGACACGCACCGCCCCACGGGGCGCUUCUCCAACGGCCGCAUCCCCGUCGACUACCUCGCGGAGCGGCUGGGCCUCCCCUUCGUGCCUCCCUACCUCGAACAGAACAUGCGCACGGGCGCCGGCGGUGCUGGCCUCUCCAACGUUGAUGGGAUGAUCCAGGGUGUCAGCUACGCGUCCGCGGCAGCCGGCAUCAUCUCCAGCAGUGGCUCUGAGCUGGGGAUGCAUGUGUCGCUGACCCAGCAGGUGCAGCAGGUGGAGGACACAUACGAGCAGCUGUCCCUGGCUCUCGGGGAGGCAGCGGCAGCCAACCUGUUCAGGAGGUCAGUGUUCUUCGUGUCCAUCGGGAGCAACGACUUCAUCCACUACUACCUGCGCAAUGUGUCGGGCGUCCAGAUGCGUUACCUCCCUUGGGAGUUCAACCAGCUUCUUGUCAGUACAAUGAGACAGGAAAUCAAGAAUUUGUACAACAUAAAUGUUCGCAAGGUCAUACUGAUGGGCCUACCUCCUGUUGGUUGUGCACCCCAUUUCCUCGAGGAGUAUGGCAGUCAAACUGGGGAGUGCAUCGAUUAUAUCAACAAUGUCGUGAUUGAGUUCAACUAUGCCCUGAGACACAUGUCCAAUGAGUUCAUCAGCCAGCACCCAGAUUCUAUGAUCAGCUAUUGCGAUACUUUUGAGGGGUCUGUGGACAUAUUAAAUAACCGCGAGCGUUAUGGUUUUGUCACCACCACUGACGCUUGCUGUGGGCUGGGCAAGUAUGGAGGCUUGAUCAUGUGUGUUCUUCCACAGAUGGCGUGCAGCGAUGCAUCAAGCCAUGUCUGGUGGGAUGAAUUCCACCCAACUGAUGCUGUUAACCGCAUCCUGGCAGAUAAUGUGUGGUCAGGUCAGCACACCAAGAUGUGCUAUCCUUUGGACUUGCAACAGAUGGUAAAACUGAAGCUGUAGAACCAAUCUGAAGUUAGUAGCCUAACAUUUGUCUCAAAGAAAUGUUUAUCAUUGUUUAGAACUAUGAAUCUGAAAGAGGGGACACGCCGAAAUGUUUAGAACUGUGAAUUACAGAUUGUUUAGCAUUGUGAAUCUGAAAGAGGGGACACGCCAAAAUGUUUAGAACUGUGAAUUACAGAGAUCUAUAAAGAUAGACUUGCCAGUUUUAGACA